GUUCUGAGCUCCGUAGCACGCGUUGGGCAGUGGGAGCCAGUGCUCAUGCUGCUCCAGGAGAUGUGUUCUGCGGAAGUCACCCCGGACGCCUUCAGCCGCAGCGCCGCCAUCAGCGCUUGCGCCGCGGGUGGUCGCUGGGAAGUUGCUCUCAAAGAGCUCCAACGGCCGGGGUCCUCUGCCAACACCGCCGUCUUCAACGCAGCGAUGUCAGCGCUUCAACGAGCGGGGCUCUGGCAGAGGGUCCUCGAACUACUCAUGGAUCUGCCCAAGAAGAACCUCGAGGCGGAUUCGAUCAGCUUCAAUGUGGCCAUCAGUGCCUGCGAGGGCGCAGGGAUGUGGCAGGGGGCACUGGAGCUGCUAAAGAAGAUGUCUCGCGCUGAGCUGCAGCGAAAUGAGAUCACCUGGAAUGCGGCCGUGCGUGCGUUGCAGCAAGGUACGCAAUGGCAGCUGGCAUUGGACCUCUUGGCCCAGGCAACGCCUAAGGGGAAGAAAG